AUGGUUUCGCUGUUCUCUAUGGUGUCUUGUGCCACCGACGCCGUCGACGCCGUCGACGGCAGAUCGGAGUUGAAAAGAUUCCCGAUAAACCGCGGCGGGUUGUUCGGAGCAACUGGUUACUGUGCAGCCUGCAACAAAGUCAUCCCUGCUUUCGAAAUGGUCAUGAGGGCAAAAAGCAAUGUUUAUCACCUGGAGUGCUUCGCUUGUCAGCAAUGCAACCACAGGUUUUGCGUCGGAGACAGGUUCUACUUGUGGGACAACAAGAUUCUGUGCGAGUACGACUACGAAGAACGGCUCGUGUUCGCGAAUAUUCCUUUUCAACCCGGUGGAGGAAUUCAAGGACCACCACCGUCAGUGGAUGCUCUCAAACAGCAGCAAAUUGCUUCUGGUAUCCAUCCCAGUAAUAACCAAGGAAUGUUGGGACAGCAAAGAAAUAAUAGUUCUCAACAGCAGAUGUGCCCUGUGUCUUCUUAUCAGGGUCAGAUGCCUGUCCAUCACCCGCAGGGCCAAAUGGAACAUGGCAGAAUCGACCAAGCCUAUGAAACUGUAACCAAUAAAACAGGAAGUGAAAGGCGGAAGCUCCGUGUGGGGAACUACUGA